AUGAUCGACGAGUACGAUACCAUCAACGAGAUGCUGUUGCCAUUCUGGGCGCUCAAGCCGGCAACUAUUCGUUCACGUAUUGCAAGUGCCCUAGGCCAUGAAGAUAGUGCACUUCUUGCGGUCGCGGUGCGCCAUGGGGCAGUAGAGAACUUCCAGGGCGGGGAAGAGUGGCAACAACAAGCUACCAUUGGUAUGAUGAAGCCGUUCGUACAGUAUCUACCCGACAUGGACCUGGGCUUCAACAUGCACGACGAGCCACGGGUCGUUGUGCCUAACGAUCUCCUGGCGUCUAUGGUAGCCAAAGCCCGGGAUGAGACUCUUCCGCGCGCUGCGAAAAACACUGCGCCUCGCAACGCCUUCUCGAAUCGUCCCGACGAUAUGAACGACGGGACACGUUUCAUUGAAUCGAGCACGACCAAGUUUAAUCGCUUCGCGCAUCAACAGACAUGGACGCAUUCACGGCUGUCAUGCUCUGCCAAUACACAAGCUCAGACAUUCGAAGACUAUGCUGCUGACAACCUUACUGCAUAUGCCACGAGCGAGCUUGGGUUCAUCUACAACACGACGGCCUUUUCUGAUAUCUGCAAUUCACCUUCGCUUUCCUCAACGUAUGGGUUUUUUGAGCGCCCGAACGCCUUCAGUAUCAUCCACGAACUCACGCCCAUCUUUUCGCAGUCUAAGAUCUCCAGCUUCCAGGACAUCUUGUAUCCUAGCCCUUGGUACUGGAUUGGUAAAGUAGGCUAUGAUGAAGCGCACGACACGACCUGGGAGAACAAGACGAACAGUCUGUACUGGCGCGGCUCCACAACGGGUGGCUUCAGUCGCAACGGCGGAUGGCGACGCCAGCACCGCCAACGUGUUGUCCAACGGAUCAACGCGCCCGAUACCGCUCAAAUCCUUGAGCCAGUAGCCGCAGCACCAAAUGCAAAGCCAGCUACCACAAAAUACAAAGUCACCGACGUCGAUCGCAAAGCGCUCCGAAACCUCAUCGACGUCCAUUUCUCCCACGUCGGCCAAUGCGACCCUGGAGAUUGUGAUGCGCAAAAAGAAUUCUUCAAAGUUACAGAGCGUGUCGAUGGCCAGGACGCGUGGUAUUACAAGCACCUACUCGACAUGGACGGCAAUGCCUUCUCCGGCCGUUUCUACAGUUUUCUCAAAAGCCGUAGUUUAACCUACAAAAUGGCCCUCUUCCGAGAAUGGCAUACUGAAUGGCUCAAACCCUGGGUCCACUAUAUUCCGCUAAGUCUCCGCGGCGACGAGCAUUUAGAUCUUGUGCGCUGGUUCAGCGGCACGCACGUCUUUGAUGACGACGAGGAUGGGAAGAAGGACAGAAGCGAUGCUGAUGGUGGGAAAGGAGGUAACGGACAGAGUGAGGGGGAAAGAAAGGCUAGACUCAUCGCGGAGAGAAGUACCGAAUGGCAUGAUAGGGUGCUGCGGAAUGUGGAUUUCGAGGCGUGGUUUUUUAGGUUGUUGUUGGAAUAUGGGAGAGUGGUUGAUGAUAAGAGGGAGGAGAUUGGGUAUCCGGGGCCCAUAUUCAAUGGUGUCCGAAAGAAGGACAUGAGAUGA